ACCGGUCAUCCUCCAUCUUCAUCAACUUCAUCGACAUCAUCUAUCUCGAUGGCUUCUCUCAUUCGUCCCACAACCCCUACCCGCAUCCCUUCUCCUCAGCCUUCUCCCAGUAAGAAGGCGGCUGCUGCCCUGCAAGCAUUCUCUCUGGAGUCACCAGUCAAGUCUUCGUUAGUACAGAAGCCUGUCCUUGAUGAUGCCCGUCGGUCACACUCCCCGGAUUCCGUUGAAGACUCGGCCGAGACUGAGGACGUUGAAGAGUUCCGAAAGCGGUUUAUUGGUGAGGUGGACCUUCCAGAAAACAUGGAGCCCCUUCUCAUCGAAUCGAAACGUCGUUUUGUUCUUUUCCCCAUUCAAUAUCAUGAGAUCUGGCAAAUGUACAAGAAAGCUGAAGCGUCUUUCUGGACCGCCGAAGAAAUGGACCUGUCAAAAGAUCUCCACGACUGGAAUAACCGCCUUAACGACAAUGAGCGUCACUUUGUCUCGCAUGUCCUCGCGUUUUUUGCUGCCUCUGAUGGUAUCGUCAACGAGAACCUUGUUGAGCGCUUCUCGAACGAGGUUCAGGCGGCUGAGGCGCGUUGCUUCUACGGGUUCCAAAUUAUGAUGGAAAAUAUCCACAGCGAGACCUACUCCCUUCUUAUCGAUACUUACAUCAAGGACCCUAAGCAACGCGAGUACCUUUUUGAUGCUGUUGAGACCAUUCCCUGUGUCAAAAGGAAGGCGGACUGGGCACUACGCUGGAUCUCCGAUCGUCGCUCCACAUUUGCUGAGCGAUUAGUCGCCUUCGCCGCUGUGGAGGGCAUUUUCUUCUCCGGUUCUUUCGCCUCAAUCUUCUGGUUGAAGAAGCGUGGCCUCAUGCCUGGACUCACCUUCUCCAACGAACUCAUCAGUCGUGACGAGGGAAUGCAUACCGACUUCGCAUGCUUGUUGUUCAGCCAUCUCAAGAGGCGUCCGCAUCCUGACACCGUCCUCCACAUUGUCGCCGAGGCCGUUGUUAUCGAGCAGGAGUUCUUGACAGAUGCCCUUCCUGUAGGGCUGAUUGGCAUGAAUGCCAAGCUCAUGUGCCAGUACAUCGAGUUUGUUGCAGAUCGUCUGCUCAUUGCCCUCGGUGGCGAAAAGCACUACAACGCGACAAACCCCUUCGACUUUAUGGACAUGAUCUCCUUGCAGGGGAAGACCAACUUCUUUGAGAAGCGGGUAUCGGAUUACUCGAAGGCCGGUGUCACGGCGACCUCUACUUCUGCGCCUUCAAACGACAAAUCUUUCACCGUGGAUGAGGAUUUCUAAUAUCAAUAUUGUUCACUGUAUCGGACUGUCACAUUUGAUUCGUUAUCUCUGCUCCUCCCUGUCUGCGUAGCACUCGUCCUUGCCAUUGUUUCUUCUAGAUCUGUCACUUAGCUAUGAUAUGUACACUAUCUCACCAUUGGCAUCGGAGUGCGCCACUAUGUAUUUUGCAUCACUUUUACAAUUUAGAACCAAAUACUCUGUCCUAUGGAAAUACAGUGGAGGUGAUCAAGGGAGACAUUCAUGCC